AUGCCGUUUAAUAAACGGACAGUUGAACCUAUUAAUUUAAGUCAAGUACAAAUACCAAAGGAUAUUCCAAAUGAACUUGAAUGUGUUGCUAAUCAUACUCUAGCAAAUGUUAUUCGACAAUUAAGUUCAUUAAGUGCACAUGCACAAGAUUUAUUUGAUGAAUUAAUAACCGAUGCUGGACAUAUAUUUCAACGUACAGAAGCAUUACAUGGUCGAAUUGAAAGACUUAAAAUUCAAGUAACACAAUUAGAUUCCAAUAUAGAAGAAGUGACUAUACAAGAUGUAAAUAAUCGAAAACCAUUUGUGAGUGUAACUCGUAUUGAUCAACAAGUGGUUAAUCGUGCAACGAUGCCACAAUCACUUCGUUUCCUUUAUGAACAAGCUGAACCUGCACCUGCUCUUCAUUUACUUAAUCCUUAUCGAGAUGAUGGUCGAGAUUCAAUGAAAUUUUAUACUGAUCCAUCAUUCUUUUUUAAUUUAUGGAUGCAAUCGAUGAUUCAAUUUCCACAAAAUCAACAUCAUGCACAUCGAUCUGGUAAACAUGAACGAUGUCGAUCACCAAAAGGUUCAAAAUUACAGCAUCAAGAAUCUAUUUAUGCUUCAAAUCCGACAUCAUCAUCUCAAUCUCGGCUCAUUCGACAAUCAUCUGAAGAACAACAAUAUCGUAGUCCUCAAGAUCUUAUUCGUCAUCGUGGAGAUUAUGAAUCUGUAGCACGUGCUAAUAUUCGAUCUCAACAACAACAACAAGUUUAUUCACCUACAAGUCAUCGUCUUCUUUUACAAUAUCCCAACAAUAAUCAUUAUCAACAUUCAGAUCUUGUUCAAUAUGGUAGUCCAACAUUAUCAUCAGCUUCAUCAUGUCGUGAACAACAAUCAAUGACAAUGAAUUUUAGUAGUGCCGGUACACCUAAAUCACCGUCAAAUGGAUAUAAUAAUGAACAAUCACCACGACUGAAUAUUCAUUCGCCAAUGAUAACUCGACAAGCUCCACCACCGCCACCACCACCUUUACUAACACAAUUUGAACCUCACCAUAAUAUGACACAUUAUCCUCCAAUGAGACAAACAAUUGCUAGACCAUCAUCUAGUCCUCCACCACCUCCACCGCUUCCACCACCAGCACCACCUGUACUAUUAAAUACAGGCAUACCAACACUUGCAACUAUUUCAGAAAUCGAUAAUUUACCUCCACCACCAGCUGAUUUUAUUGAACAAUCACCAUCUCCACCACCUCCUCCUCCACCACCACCUCCAAUGCCACAAUCGAAUAUUCCACCAGCACCACCAUUACCAAAUUCUACUAUACAAUCACUAGUCAUGCGAUCUACAACAACCAGUACAUCAUCAACAACGAAAACUAAUUCAAAUAGUAAUACAUCUCAACGUGAUGAUGUUUCUGUUACAUCAGAAACUUCGAUUCAAGAUCAACGACCAUAUAUAAGUCGUGAUCUUCAUUCUGAUUUAUUAGAAGAAAUUAAAAAAGGUAUUCAAUUAAAUAAUCGUAAAAAAGAAGAAGAGAAAAAAGCAUCGGUAACAACUAAAACAAGUUCUCUUAAUGUUAUGGCAAUUAUGGAACAAGCAGCAAAAUAUCGUCGUGAUAAAAUUCGACCACAAUCCGAAUCAGAAAAUGAAGAUGAAUCAUCACGAUGGGAUGAUAGUGACUGA